GACAAAGGUUCUCAAAACCCCAUGAUUUCAAAAUUUUUCUCUCUCUCCAUCAAAGUCUUUGAGAAAGUUAAGAGAGCUUCUUCCUUGUUCCUCUACUCUAAUACUUAAUCAAGACCAGGAAGACUUCUUAAAGUUUUCUACAAAGCUUUUAUUUCUCUUUUUUUGUCUUGGGAGCAGCUUCAAGAAAAGUAAAGUGAAAAAAGAGAAGGAGCUAGGGGAUUCUUAAGAAAAUCUCCCAAAUCUCUCUUUGGGGUCAGUCGUCGUUUCUUGAGAGGAAACGAUGAAUAGAGGUCAUCUUCUACAGAGCUCCCCGGUUCAGCAAAUGAUGGCCGGAAGCCCUAACUGGUGGAACCUCAAUAACAUGAGGCCUCCCUCUCAACAACCUUCUUCUUUUUUGGCUCCUCCUCCCAAUCUAUUCCCUCAAUACAUGCCUCCGCCUCCUCCAUCUUCGUGGGCUGAUAACCAGGAGCUUCCUGAGUCAUGGAGUCAACUCCUCUUGGGUGGCUUGGUGGCGGAAGAUCAAGAUCAGAAUAAAUCUGGUGUGAUGCAUGCUAAGAAGACAUUGGAGAACUGGGAAGAGCAACUGUUGCAGCAGCAACCUCCAAACGGGUCCAAUAUAGUUGAUCAUGUGAAGCAAGAGAAUUCAGCCGCAAAUGGCGCCUAUAAUAUGUAUGGACAUGAAAAUGCAGAAUUCCAUGCUGCAAAAACUACAUGGUCCCAAAUGAUGCCAGUCUCAUCUCCCACCUCAUGCGUUACCACUUUAAGCAGUAACAUGUUGGACUUUUCUAGCAGUAAGUCUGACGGGAGGCAUCCUCCACCGGAUCGAUCCUCAGAGUGCAACAGCACAGCGAUUGGUGGGGCAUCGAAGAAGGCUAGGGUUCAGCCAUCUUCAACUCAGUCUUCAUUUAAGGUGAGGAAAGAAAAACUGGGGGACAGAAUAACAGCCCUUCACCAGCUAGUUUCCCCAUUUGGGAAGACAGACACGGCAUCUGUCUUGUUAGAGGCUAUUGGAUACAUUAGAUUCCUUCAGAGCCAAAUUGAGGCCCUCAGCUCACCGUACCUGGGCAGUAAAUCAGGGAAUGUGAGGCAACAACAAUCUGCUCAAGGGGAGAGGAAUUGUUUAUUCCCUGAAGACCCUGGGCAGCUUUUGAAUGACAACUGCAUGAAGAGGAAGGCAGCUUGUGAGCAGGAUUCUGAGGAGGAAGUAAAGAAGGACUUGAGGAGUAGAGGGCUGUGCCUAGUACCAAUAUCCUGCACACUACAAGUUGGGAGUGACAAUGGAGCGGAUUAUUGGGCACCAGCUCUUGGUGGAGGUUUCCGAUAAACCAGCAAAUAUGUUACUAUGUUAUUGGUGGCAGCACACGAGAGACGAGGACUUGGUAGACGUACAUGAUAUAACAUCAUGAGCAGUCAAUCUGCCCAAAGUUUAUAAGGUUGAUUGCUCAUGAUGCUAUGUAUCUUUUCACAUUUGGGUGGUGUGCUGUAACACGUACUUGCUAAUUUAUGCCUUGCAACAUCAAGUCCUUUUAAGUAGAACUUCGUUUCAAUCAGGAGAUACUUAAUUAAUUAUGGUUAUUUAGUUCUUUUCUUAUUCCCAUGGCCGAGACAGUGCCUUUCGUGUAUAUGCCCUUUUUCCAUUAUGAUUAAUUAAUCAAAAUGCUGCUCAGCAUUUUUGCCUCAUAA